AAAACCACUAAAACAUCUAAAAUGAGGAAACAGAACAGCAAACUUGGUGGCCCAGAGAUGAUGCAGGACCUGCUGGAGACCACAAACUUCACCAAGCAUGAAAUCCAGGAGUGGUAUAAUGGCUUCCUGUGGGGCUGCCCCAGCAGAGCCAUCUCCAUGGAUGAGUUCAAGAAGAUCUACGGAACUUUAUUCCCCUACGGAGACACCUCCAAGUUCUUGGAGUACGUCUUCCACACCUUAGACACCAACAGGCAUGGGACCAUAGACUUCAGGGAGUUCAUCAUCGCUCUGACUGAGCGUCAACGUCUCGCGGGCAGCUGGACCAGCAGCUCAAGUGGGCCUUCAGCAUGUACAACCUGGACAGGAAUGGAUACAUCAGCAAGGCAGAGAUAUUGGAGGUUGUGCAGGUGUGUUUAUCUGUCUCUGUCUCGCUGUCUUUUUGUCUCUUUAUGUCUGUCUAUUCUUGUGUGUAUUCAAAUGAGCUAUGAAUCCCACUGUCUCUCACACAGCUGUUAGUUAAUACAGGAAGCUUAUAAACUGGAGGGUCAAAGUCAUCUGGCCCUUAAAUAAAUCACCCAUCAGCCUUUUAGUGAGCUGAGGACCAUAAACGCUGCCUGGUCCCACUGUUUCCUCUAGCUGAGCACCAUAAUGGCUGCCUUAUCUCACAGUUUCCCCUUGCUGUCAGAUUGUAUCCCAAAUGGCACCCUAUUCCCUAUAUAGUGCACUACAUUGGGUCCUGGUCAAAACUAGUGCACUAUAAAGGGAAUAGUGUGUCAUUUGGGCAGCACCCACAUAGCGUUCCCUGUUGCUGCUGCUUCAGUCCCACAGGGAGACAGGCGGUCACCAGCAGUUGGAAACGGCCGGCUGCUCCACUGCUCCAUGCUGACUAAAGCACUUUAACAACUUGUAGAUGUUUACAUUACAACAGCAGCACACAGACCUGCAGUAAUUGGUGUCUCUGAGACUGGUUUGGGAAGCUGGUGAACGGGCCACAGCAGUGUUGUUCGAUGCCUCUGUCAUCAGUAGGCAUAGUCACUCAAUAUCAAUGAAUGUCACUUACUAUCACGUAAUCUACUAACUACUAAAACUACUGUCGCGUAAUCUACUAUCUACUAACAAUGACUACUAUCACGUAAUAUCCAUUAGUCCUAUAAAGUCAACUAUGAGUGAGAGACAGACAGAGGUAUACAGUGACUCCUAUCCUCUCACUAACUCAGAGGGACGCUGUAUUGGACUGGGCAUUUCUCCUAGAAAAAGAGGACUGAGUGUAAUCAGACAGAGCUGCCCAGAGAGCGUUGUGUUUACCCAAUUAUUUUUCUUACUACUACAUCACUGAUAUCAAUAGGUUAUAAAAGAUAAUGUGGAUAUUGGUUUCUCAUACCCCCUCUCUCUAUCUCUGUCUCCAGGCAAUCUACAAGAUCGGUUCCUCUGUGAUGAAGAUGCCAAAGGAUGAGUCCACACCUGAGAAAUCAACAAACAUGAUCUUCAGAAAGAUGGACACAAACUGUGAUGGUGAGCACCUAGCUACCACCCAUACUUCCCUGUCUUCAGUCUCUGGCUUAAAUCAAUUAAUCUAUUUCAAUUCACUUUUUUAACUGAUUUAAAAACUGAAUUCAGCCCAAUCCUCCAUCAGCCCUUAUCCACUACCUCCCUGUUUCCAUCCUACUGUCUGUCUGUCCACCAAUUACCAACAACUGUCACCAACUGCCUCUAACGGUCUUUGUAAUUCUUGUGUUCUUCAGGUAAAGUGUCUCUGGAGGAGUUUGUUGAGGGAGUGAAGAACCACCCAUCCAUCUCGCGACUACUUGCGGCUCCUUUAUUCUACUAG